AUGCGGCUUCUAUUCAUCUUUCUGGCUGUUCUGCCGGCUCUCGCUUCUGCCGGAACCUACGACGACAUAAGGGAGAAGAUUCAAGCACUGCUGGACGGAGAAUUCAGUGAUUCUGACAGCAGCAGUGGCAGCAGCAGUGGCAGAGACAGCAAGUGGGUGCCGGAUGAUAUCUACUACCAGACGCACUACAAGAACGGAAAGAAGAAGGGAUUCUUCGGGAAGCUGUUUGACAAGGUAAAAGGAGUCAUUCCGGGCGGGAAUAAGAAGAAGGAGAACGGGAAUGCGCCGAUCACUUUGAACGAUUACACACAGGUAAAAGAGCGGGCAAAGUAUUCAAUGAGCACUGUUUCAGGAUUCGUAUCCUCAGGAGAACCACGUCCAUCUCCACAAGGACCACCAUCUGCACGAGGAGAGCCACCGGCAUCACGACCAUAAUGAUAAUCUGAAUGUGCUCGAUGGGGAUGACAGCCACUACCACCACCAUUAUUAUCAUCAUCACCGAUCCAAGAGAGACGAACAGACGCCGCUGAAGGAACGUGGUUCCCAAGAUCUGGCUCCCAAGAACCCAUCGGAGCGAAGCCAUCAUCUUAUCACAUUCCAGAACGCCAAGGUUCCAGCCGAGCGGAGCCAUCAUCACUCUGCUAUUAUCUCUUUCAAGAAUGCUAAGACUCCGGCAGAGCGAAGCCAUUAUGCUCGAAUUAUCUUCAAGGACGUCAAGAAGCCGGCACAGGCCUAA